GUCAGCACUGUUGUCUCUUUGUUAUUAAGUUACCUUGAACUAGUUCAAGUCACAUGUGCGUGAAUUUAGUCGGUACUACAACGGUGGGAACUCAUUUAGUAGAUAUGCCGCUUGUAAGAUCUUGCUAUGAUAUGAAUGGCACAAAGAUCCCUCGACCUUCUAAUGCAUUUAUGGUAUUCUCCAAUGAGCAUAGAAAAUUUUUAGCUGACAAGUUUCAAGGAGAAGGGAACAACAGUAUCAGCAUAAGGCUGGGUGAUAUGUGGAAGUCACUUAAUUCACCUGAAAAGGCCAAAUACUUUGAAGAAGCCAGAAGGUUAGACUUGGAGCACAAGGCAAUGUAUCCAAAUUACCAGUAUUGCCCAAAGGAGAACCGAAAACGGAAAGAGAAUUUCCUAGACAUAACCAGAACAUGCUGCCAGAGCAACCACGUGUCAUUUGACUCAAAACCAUGUGCUCGCAUACCAAAGCCAAAAGCACGUAAACGCAGGAGUAUGAAAAGCAAUCAGCUGUAUGCAGUAUUACCAUCCCAGAUCCCAAAUGAGCCUCCCAUGUUAGUGGUAUUUGACAGGAAGCAGCUAAGGCAAGAACAAAUAGAGGCUUUGACUGGCAACUUCAGGUCAGAUAAUGCUACUCAUGGAAAUGCUGCCUCAACAUGUUGUGUUACUGAUAGCCUGUGUGAUGACAUCCAUGGCAGUUUACUUGAUGGAGCAGCAACAGUAGUGGCAUCAGAUCACACAACGACUGCAUUAUCCGCUAAUAGAGUUCCACGGGAACUCUGCUGUGGUAGCAUUCGAUUGCAAGAUUCCCAUGGCUGUGAAAUUGCAGUGGAAGAAUUGCCAGCUGAUCAUGACCAUACUCGUCACAGUCACGGUCAGGCUUGGCCAUGUCAGACUGGACAUUCUUUGUCAUCAGAUAGUGGUUACAACGACUCUCUUCCCAAUAUCUAUACAUUUUCUCAUGCAUUGUGUGAGAAUUCCCAGCAGGGUAGCCCCUGCCAACACAUUGACAAACAACGCAUUAGUAGAAAAGAUUGUCUCAUAUUGGAGCACAGCUACAACCAUAAGGAAAGAGUACAGGAAAGUCAAGUUUUACAUAUUCCCGAGGAGAAGCCGGUUUAUGCGACUACGCAACAACAGGGGAUUCAUUCACAUGAUCAAAGUCGCUUCUAUUAUCAUGAUGCUGGUUAUGAAUUUUCAAACCACUGCCAGAGGGAGUUGUUGGAUGCAUCCUGGUGCCACAAAGAAAUGCAAGAGGGGUGCGUUAGCUCACUGCAACAGAUAGGCUUUGAUGGGGACUCACAUGUCCACAAGCCUCAUGUAAGUGACAUGUUAUCAGGAUCAGAUUGUGCAUACCCAUCAACGUUUGAUUGGCACUCUGCUAAGAUAUGUGGUGCUGGUGGUGAUAACAAUGACCAUUCACAUUUUCCAUGGGACAGACACGUGGUCACACAUUUGAAUGGCACUGCACUAUCUGACCUUGUUGCUCAUGAUCUCCCCCCUAUGGAAGCUGCCAAUCAGCCUGUUCAUAUCACGGAACAGAAGAAAAGUAAAGAUGUUGUUAGCCUCAGAAGAACUGUAGAAGGCGAGAACGCCCAAAUGAAACGUAGCUGGAAUCUGGGCUACGCGUCUGCUGGCAAAGAUGGAGCAUUUGCUUUCAGAGAACAUAAUACCAUGGGUGGUUGUCAGUUUCCGGAAAGCGAUGGCAGUAGUAGCUGUGGAGAUCGGGUUUCAGCUUUCCCUGUAAAUUCUGUGGGCUUUUCAUCCAAUGGAAAUGUGGCAGCUACUGCUACCUUCACUGCCAAUGACACACCCCUCAGCCUUGAAAACUGCCACCUGGAUAAUGCUGAACACACUGAAAAAGUCAUGCAAGGCUCAGAGCAAGCAGUGAGUGCCAGAUGUGAUCUCGCAACUAAUAUACUGUCUACCGCAAUUGCAGCAACAUUCCCUGAAGGAGUGCCAUUCGGUGGUGUCUGAAAUUUUUGUCUUGUAAUAUAGCCACAUGUAAGGAAGUAGCGGGGAAAAAGUUGCAGUUGGAUUCUUAGGUGUUACAGACUUUAUAUGCAAAAAACAUUCUGCCAGUGAUAGAUUGGUUAAGAAAGUCAUAAAUCUUACCGAGAUAUUGAUUGCAACGUUAUAUGAAAUUAUUAAUUAUUUGGUACUACUGUUAAAAGG